UGAAAUUCGGCGUACCGCCGGAUGGAGUAAAUCUUCGGCGGUCUUUGCACGUUUUUAUAAUCGUCCGAUCAUUAAAGACUCGUCUUUUCAGUCCGCUAUACUUAAUGCCGAUUAAGUUCUCCUUUUUCUAUUUUAUUGUGUCAGUUUUGUUAUAUUUUAAUUUUGUAUUUUCUGUUUUUCUUCACACGACUCCAAAUAAAAUGUUAUGUCAGUAACUUUUAUUUGCAUUUACAAAUCUGAGCUUUAAAUUUCUACAUAUCCAUCCGGACGAGACGUUGCAUAAUUGUUUAAUUGAACGAACUUACCGUGAAGUUCGAUUCCAAUUAUGCUGUCUCGUCCGGAUGGACUAUCCCACCCUCCCCUUUUUUCUUUUUCCCCUUAUCAGAUUUGUAGCUUUAAAUAUAUGAAAUUCAGUAUCUAUGUUCGCGCGGCAUAGAGCGCGAGAUGACGAUCGAAGCUUUUUGAGCUUUGAAUUUGCCUGUUGAGGAUAACGCGACGGAUCGCUACUACAUAUCCAUCCGGACGAGACAGCAUAAUUGGAAUCGAACUUCACGGUUGAACUACUUGAUGGCGGGUUUAAGUCCCAUGUGGUAUCACGCCACGAAUGUCGCCUUACACGCCGCUGCGUGCAUCUUAGUCACCAGAGUGAGCCUCGUGGUAGCUGCACUUCGGCCGGGAUUCGCAGCGCUCGCCGGGUUGCUGUUCGCCGCACAUCCCGUGCACACGGAAGCGGUGACUGGCAUCGUAGGCAGAGCGGAUGUUCUAGCGUGUAUCUUCUUUUUGCUGUCCUUCCUUGCCUAUCAUGGCCAGCAGACGGCAUACGUAUGGUCCAGCGUUUGCCUGGGUGCCCUAUCGAUGUUGGCGAAGGAGACUGGCGUUACUGUUCUGGUACUAAACUUUCUUUACGAUCUCUGUCGUUCCUGGCAUUCAAUCAAGAGGUCUAUUUUCGAAGCCAAAUGGAACGACGACUCUAGAUAUUUUUCCAGACGUGCUGCAGCGUUACUCGUUUCGUUUAGCAUACUUCUUGUGGUGCGGCUCGCUCUACUUCAUGGUACUUUGCCGAACUUCUCCGCGCAGGAUAAUCCAGCUGCUUUUCAUCCCUAUUUCCACGUCAGAUUGUUGACUUUUUGCUACUUGGCAGCGCUAAAUUGUUGGUUGCUCCUGUGCCCGGCUAUACUCUCGCACGAUUGGCAGAUGGGAUCUGUUCCUUUGGUUACAUCUUUUACGGACACCAGAAACCUGGCCACCUUUAUAUUCUUCGGCGGUUGUCUGGUUCUCACGUACAAAGCCUUCACAGAUUUCGAGCAACAAAGGCAUCCGCCUCUUGUUCUUGGUUGGAUGUUCCUGGUGCUGCCGUUCCUACCUGCGUCCAAUCUUUUCGUCACUGUGGGUUUUGUCGUGGCAGAACGGGUUUUAUAUACACCGAGUGUCGGGUGGAUUAUUUUGAUCGUCUACGGUAUGCAGGUGAGCUGGGCCGCUGUACCACGACGGAGAAGCUGGAUCGCUACAGGCGUAGUUCUCCUAUUCGUUUUAGGAUGCUUCAGAACGGUUCUUCGGAAUAACGAUUGGACAUCUAGAGAAACAUUAAUCAAAGCGGGACUGCGGUCUCUACCCUACAAUGCCAAGAUGCAUUACAACUUCGCUAACUUCCUUAAAGAUACGUCGCAACCGAACCUUGCGGUCCACCAUUAUCAGUUGGCUCUCUGGCUUUGGCCAGGGUACGCCAGUGCACAUAAUAAUCUUGGAACUCUCACGAUAGACGAUCAAGCGGAAUAUCAUUUUCUAGCAGCAAUUAACGCUCAACCUGGUCACGUAAAUGCGCAUUAUAAUCUCGGACGAUUGUACAGAAGAACAAAUCGAACCGAGCGGUGCAUCGAGAUGCUAAGAAAAUGCGUAUCGCUGGAUCCGGCAUACGCGCCGGCAUUUAGAGUUCUAGCGAGAAUCGCAACCGGUCCUGCAACAGGCGAGUUCCUGAGGCACGUAAUUCACCUACAGCCACGAAACCCGGACGCCCUCGCCGAGUAUGCUUACUGGUUAUACAAGAACGGCAAGUGGUUGCCCUCGCUCCGCUACUAUUUCAAAGCAAUGGAGAUCUUUUCGUCGCACAAACCGUCGCUUAUUGGUACGCUCAGGAUUUUGAGGUCGCGAGGUCAGUGGUCUAGAGUACACCAGCUCAUCAUCAGAUGGCAUUUAAUGUUACGAGCGAAACGAGGAGGCUUCAUCUAUCGCGGGGAUUUGUACAUUCGUGCGUGGGAGUUACAAAGCGAGUCUCGUCAAAGGACUCAUCAACAUCAACGGAAUCUCUGUAUAUCGGAGAACGGAUGUUCGAGGCCGCGCGUGGCCAGCGUGUCGGUGCAACUCGAACAAGACAGCAACAAGUCGGAACAGCUGCAACGGGCGCCGCGUUGUAAUGUGCGCGCCUGUAGACAGCCAAGAAAAGGGAAGGCGCGUGUGACCGCGCCCACCCUGCUCGUACAGAAUUUUCUGGAGACGCUUUAGUCCGCCCCGAUCGGGGAACGGGUCUACCUUCUGCUCGUUCGCCAGCUGAGAACAGGCCGUGGGAGAUGAAGAGAUGAGCGCCGACAGCUCUGACCGCGUAAGCAAGCCUCGUCCGACGAUCGUCAGCGACGAAGAGAGUCCUAUUAUAGUGGAAUGCCUGAAUAUUUUUCGUAUGCCGUGUUUGUGUGCUAAUCCGGGACCCCCGCAAGCCCGACCCUUGUCGCGGAUCAAUCACGAUAACGAAGUGGAAGAAGGUAUGCAUAUAUCGUUAUCGUUUAUAUAUAUGUGUCCUCGCGUUCUUCGUGGCAUCCUGUUUAUCCUGUCGAUCGGACAGCGACGACGCGAGUCGCGGUCUCUUCGAAGAAAUAUAAAGUCGCUAAUGAGUAAAGAAAAAAAAAAAAUAAAUAAAAGAAAAAAAGCAAAGAAACAGAUGCCUGCUCCGUAGAGUAACUUUGGCUUCGAACGUGGAUAAAACGUUCUGAAAUCGUUCACGCCAGGACAAAUGACAAUGUGCGCUAAUGGUGAGAAUUGAAUGCUAGAAUUAAAUUCCUUGAAAAUUAUUUUGCCACUUUUAAAUUCAUCAUAAGAAUACUUAACGAGAGAGGACCAAGGGAGGAUUCGAGCGAUUAACUCGUGUGCGACGAACGAUUAUGCCAAGUUUAUCGCGUAUUGAUUAAACGCAUAAUCAGACGUGACAUAAAGUCGUGUGCGUUCAAGCGUGUAUCUAUCUAUACUUUUGAAAAACGUGAUAAUUGUAAUUGGUAAUAUAGUUACAUGUACGACGUGUUUCGAUAAAUAUUUGCUGUAUCUCGUGUGUGCUUUCAACGUUUUUACGAUGUCCGUUUCCCGACGAGGCGAUAAAGCUGCCGUUGUAUAUGUAAUACCAGAAAUACGAGAUAUUUCAACACACAAAUAAUAUCGUAAUAAAAAUUGAGGAUUACAUUUAUGACAAAUAUCUUGACAAAAAUAUGGACAAUUUAGCGGAAUUAUAGUCAUCUCAAAAAUAUUUGAUAUGAGUGGAUCGUCAUCCUAAAAAUAACUCGAUCUCCCUAUUAAGGAGUUUGUACUCAUAAACGUUCAUAAUUUUCAUUAUCAACAAAUGUAUGCACACACAUACAUACGUACACAUAUACAUAUAUAUUGUUUGAGACAUAGUAUAUUAUAUAUAUAUUUUUUGCCGAGGAUGAAAGCUGUAGACGGAAAAUAAAAUCAUAGCGUCAAAUUUUCUCUUUCUCAUAAUAAUGACAAUAGCACAGUGCAUGAGAAGAGAAUACGUAUUUAACUUUUGAGACUCUUUCUCGGAUCAUACUUUGUGUUCCUCUCUCGUAGAUACGCAAUUUUACGCACGUAAAUACACGGUGCCAAUCUAGGGUAAUGAAUGUGCCGCUAAUCUGUGGCGUUUGGUAUGGCUUUUGUAUGAAAAUUAAAGAAACAAAUAAUUUUAAUGAAAUACAUUCUUCGAUGAGCUUGGUAUGGCAGUGUUUUAUUGCAAGUAUAUCGUAAAGAGGACUUUUAAUUCUCAGUUGACAGUUUCUCUUAUCAACGUUUAUGAAUUCAUUAUAAAAGAGAUUACUCAUGUAAUUUCACACACACGCGCACAUUGGUUAGAUAUUAACAUCAAAAUUAUGUUAUUACAUUGAUUGUAAUAUUGAAAUAGCCA